UCUAGGGCUUUGGGUGAAAGAGGCAAUGGCGCUAGUGAGGGCGGAGGUGGUCCUCAAGAAGCCCGUCACAUUCGUCACAGGCAAUGCCAAGAAGCUGGAGGAAGUGAAGAUGAUCCUGGGAAAUUCUAUCCCCUUCUCGACGCUGCGCGUUGAUUUGCCGGAGCUUCAGGGAGAGCCCGAGGAGAUCUCCAAAGAAAAGGCGCGCAUUGCCGCCAAACAGAUUGAUGGAGCUGUGCUCGUGGAGGACACAUGCCUGUGUUUCAAUGCUCUACAUGGCCUUCCAGGGCCUUAUGUGAAGUGGUUUCUUCAAAAGCUUGGCCACGAAGGCCUCAAUAACAUGCUGGCAGCGUACAAAGAUAAAUCCGCUUAUGCAUUGUGCGUCUUCUCACUAGCUCUCGGGCCUGGCUUUGAGCCUACAACAUUUGUUGGACGCACUGAGGGAAAGAUCGUUCCAGCGAGAGGGCCGGCAGAUUUCGGCUGGGAUCCGGUGUUCCAGCCAGAUGGAAGCGAUUUUACCUACGCAGAAAUGCCCAAGGACGAGAAGAAUAAGAUCUCUCACAGGCGCCGCGCACUGGACAAAGUCCGAGAUCAUUUCCGGGAGUACGAUUUCGUUGUGAGGAACGAUGAUUCACAAGUGUAGCGACAAAAAAAUCAUCUUUUCCUUUUCCUAAGAGCUUCUAGCAGAACUGGCCAGCCACGAGAAAGAUCUACGUAAACAAUGUAAGCUUUUGAUAUAUCUCUAUGCUCGAAAGCUACAUUGUUCUUCCUUUGCUAGAUCCUGAAGCGACAUUGUUUUCUCUUA